ACGAAGAUCGCGAGUCAUUUGAAUAUCUCGCGACAAAGAUAAUGGACAUUAAAUAAAUCGCAGUGCGUUGAUUUUGAGCUUGAAAUCAGAUGAGCAGAGAUUUAGUCGCGUCACUAAUCGAUGAAUUUCGUUUUCAACUCGUUCGAAGGUGUCGCUAAUUCGAGCCUCGGAAGUACGGUCACGGAAUUCGUCACUGAAAUUGUAGUUUCGGGUCGGGUCUUAUCGAGUCGGGUCGGAAGGUCAUCGUGCUACAAGAAAUCAACAAAGUCGUCGUGACAUUUGGACGCACUAUUUUGAAACAUUUUUUUCUUUACAGAUGUCAAAAUAAAUAUUUUUUUUUCUAUCGCUUGAUUGAACGUUAGUGCCAAAAUUGUUCGGCGUAUUUUCCAGCAUGGAGCUUUCGGAAGUGGAGCGAUUUAUGCAGAGCCAAAAGAAGCAAUGCGAGCAUUUGUUCAUCGAGCAUAUCCAGGGGAAUUUCACGAACCUCCGAUGCCCUCCGUCCUUCGAUGGCAUCUUGUGUUGGCCUCGACAAUUAGCGCCUGGAAUAGCAGCGAUUCUCUGUCCUCCUCAAUACAUUUUAGGGUACAGGAGUCCUGCUACAGCCACUGCAACCAAAAGGUGCUUGGCUAAUGGGGAAUGGUAUCGUAACGACGAGGACGUCACAUGGAGCAAUUACACUCUUUGCACACCUCCCGCCGGACAUUACGUCACGGCAGUGACCGAUCUCAAAAUUUCACAUUUCGAAUACGAAGAAACCAGCAACUCAACGCUACUAACCAUUGGUUACGCAACCUCCUUCACCACCCUCGUCAUCGCCAUGGUCGUUUUCUCAUUACUCAGGAAAUUGAGGAAUCCGAGAAAUCGAUUGCACAUGCAUUUGUUCGCUUCUUUCAUCAUGAGAGCGUUCAUGGCACUUCUGAAGGACUGGCUCUUCGUCGAUGGCAUCGGACUUGCUUGGGACGUUGUCACGGUCGAUGGCAGAAGCACCUUCAUCAAAGAGCGCAACAUCUGGGUGUGCAAAGCCAUCACGAGCCUCUGGCAGUAUUUCAUAGUUGCCAACUAUGCUUGGAUUCUCAUGGAAGGGGUGUACCUCCACAAUCUCGUAUUCCUGGCUCUCUGUGCUGACACUUCUUCAAUCACCAUUUACGUUUUAAUGGGUUGGGCUCUGCCGGCUCUGGUCGUAAUUGUGUGGAUUUUCAUACGCGUAAUAAUGGAGGAUACACUUUGCUGGACGACCCACAACAAUCCCUCACUCUUUCUCAUUAUUCGAAUACCAAUCAUAAUCUCCAUUCUGUUCAAUUUCGUACUGUUCAUCAACAUAGUACGAGUUCUCCUGAUAAAAAUGAAAACCUCCGUUCACCUUCAACGAAAAAAAAUGCAGUACGGGCGUUGGGCAAAGUCGACGCUCGUUCUCGUGCCCCUCUUCGGAGCCCAUUACACUCUGUUUCUCGGUUUGGCUUAUCACGACAAUCAGCUGGUUGAACUCAUUUGGCUUUUCUGUGACCAGCUGUUCGCUUCAUUUCAAGGUUGUUUCGUCGCCUUUUUGUACUGUCUUUUGAAUGGUGAAGUACGCGCAGAAGUUCGAAGGGUCUGGAGAGCUCAGAGGUCGCGUCGUGGAGUUGAUUCUUUCCUCAUGCCGAACCGAAAACUUGGAAAAUCCUCGGAUCCGGGACCAAGGAAGACGGGACACGAUCAUCUCGUGAACAACGAAAAAGCUCGCACUAAUGUGUCAACUUUGUAAUAACUCAAAUUAUAAAGUUAUCAAUUAUUUUGAUCCCCUGGAAACUAGCCCUUAAUAAAAUUGCCUAAUAAAAUCUGCA